AUGCUACCCUGUCAAGCGGACGUGGACUUUCUACUGUCUUCAAGCCACGGGUGGUGGCUAAUCCAGCAACAUAUGAUGGUCCAUCUUCCGAAUUCGAUUGAAAAUGACUUCCAAGGAUUGUUCAAUGUCAACGCCGUCGCGAAGGGGCAUCCGAUUACAAUAGCGAAACUACUUCUAUGCGUUGCGAUCUGCAUCCAGCAGCUUGCACCUGAGAUUGACAUGAGCAAAUUGCAAAUGAAAUCACCGCCGCGAGAAAUAAUGAAUAAUAUUGUUGACUUUCUCAUCCGAAACGUCACCUCUGAUGACGACAUUACUGGAAGUAUUGAGGGGGUCGAAUACCUUGCACUCCAGGGAGUAUAUGAGGUCAAUGCUGGCAAUCUUCGAAAGUCAUGGCUUUCAUUUCGCAAAGCUCUUGCAAUAUCUGCGCUUUUGGGUCUACACAGAGUGGCUGUCAGAACAUCCAAAGAAUCGCCCGAUUUAAAGGAGACCAAACGACAUUAUCUAUUGUAUCAAGUUUCAAGAGGGGAGCGUUAUCUCUCUACGCUUCUCGGUGUACCCUCGGGUACAGGCUCAGGGAUGCUCCCUUUCGACGACACCGCCGAUUGGCUCUCCCCGGAAGAUCGCUAUCACAAGCAUCUCUACGAUAUAGCGGGGCUCAUUCUUGCUCGCAACCAAGAGGACUACACUCAUUCCUUCUCUACCACUCAAAUAAUUGGCGAAAAAACUUGA